UUGCAACAGGCACCCCAAUCGAGUCGUGCUGGUCAGGUUACCCAAACCCAAAUGCGUCUUUCAAACGACAAUGACGAGAAAAGGAUUUCACAACUACUUGACACGUAUUUCUUGGAUCAGCCUGCACCAUCUACAUCAACAUGGCUUGGUCAACUCCCUCCGCAGAUAUCCUAUCAAGGAGGCACACUAGUUACAACAGCAAAUGUGAAAGGCGUCAAUAUGAAUGUCAAGGUGUCACCAGUUUCUCCCGACAAGGCUGAAAAGGAGCGUCUCAAAAAAGCACGACAAGCUGAGGCUGCUAGGAUGAGAUACCAUCGUUUAACGCCAGCUGAGAAAAGGGAGCUGAACCUAAAGAGAACUCUUGCUCAAAAAAGGAAGAGGCAGCGAGAAAAGGAACUGGAGGAGCUAGAGUCCAUUCUUAGGGAGACCAACGACAUUCAGGAAGAUCCUGAUAUUACCGAACAACUUCGUGAGAAAAGAAUGAGAGCCAAAUGGGCCGAAGCUGCUCGGCAAAGAUAUGCACGAAUGACACCUGAAGAGCGCAGGGCCCACAAUAAUCGUCGACGUAUGCGUCAGAUGCAGAAUGCCUUAGCUGCUGUCAAGGUUGGAUGUUCAGAGUUUCUUAUAGCUGCUGGAGGUACAGGUGAUCCCAUCAAGGAUGAAGAAGCAGUACGUGCUCAUAUUAAAGCCCAAAAUGCUAAAAAAGCUGAGGCAGCAAGACAGAGAUAUCACCGUAUGACGGAAGAGGAGAAACGUAUUUACAACCAGCGACGCACAGAGGCAUUCAGGCGUCGCAGAAUGGAAGAGGAAAUGUUGCUCGCAAUGCCUAUUGGAAGAAUCAAUGGAGAAGCUUUGGAUAGAGCACAACAGAUUGUUGUGCGUAAUGCUAAGCGAGCCGAGGCGGCACGAUUGCGCUAUCAACGAAUGACACCGGAUCAAAGAAAGUCAUACAACCAAAAGAGAUAUACCCCAAAACGUAGACGGCUGGAUGGGAUGGAUUCUAUGUUGUCGUCUAGUGGUGGAUCGUUGGUUUCUUGUAAAAAGGUACAUCUGACUUUUUUUUCCGUUUUACUGUCGAAAUUCACUUUUCGCUUAAAUACGGCGAUCAUUUUUGUUAAUCCAUUCGCGGCGGCGUCUAGUUUUGCUGUCCGCCGCGAGCGACGACGCCUAAUUAUCAGCUUUUACGGGAUUUCUUGUUUUUUAACAGUAAACAAUAAUUUCUCGAUAACUAGAGGCCUUGAGGGGUUGAGAACACUACGGGGUUGUGAAAGAGGCUUUUGCUGUAUCUUAUUCUAUAGUUAA